UCGGUAUCAUACUUACCAGUCCCCCUACUGGUUUUGAUUGCAUCAGCACUCUUCGUCCGAGUUUUCUAUAACCUCUACCUCCACCCACUUUCCAAGUUUCACGGACCAUGGUAUGCGGCAACAACUUCUCUCGUAUGUGCAUUCAUCUCCGUGGCGAAAAGAGAAGACGAAUGGCUUCAAUCACUCGUCAGAAAAUACGGAAGUAAUUUCAUCGUUCCCUUGUCGAAGCUUUACGAGUAUGUCUAACCGGAUCAGCCAAUCAACCGAUCCGCAUUACUCCAAAUCUCCUGCUUUUUCCCCGCCCUACAGCAUUGAGAGACAUCUACCGGGAUGCAAAAAUGAACACCAAGAGUUCUUUCUAUGAUUCUGGAAGUUUGGGUCCGACGAGUAUGUUCAGCACUUUGGAUGGAGCUGAACAUAAGGAAAUGAGGAAAACGCUUUCGGGUGCAAAAGUGCCGGUAUGUUGCUUUCGUACGCUUCACUGAGACGAGUUCAAGCUCUAUUAUGCAAUUAUUAACUUGAAAACAAGUGGGCUAUCGGCCUGUUGAAGAAAGAAUGGGAGUCGAAGAUAGAUUCUCAUAUCGAGUUAUUCGCUUCCAAAAUGCAAGAACUGGUUACUACUCAAGAAACCUUCUGUUUGUCUGAUCGAGCUGCGUAUGUCCUUUCUACACUCUCUGUUCCUCUUGCCUUUAACUGAUCGUCCAUUCAGGGAAUUCGCAGCAGACAUCAUGGCUCUGGUAACCUUCAGUACCCCAUGGGGAUUCGUGCAGAAUAGUCGUGAUCAGUACGGGAUUCUCACAAGCUGGCGUCAUGGUCUCACCUGGUUCGGCUUCUCGAAUCGAUGGAGGUUCUUGCGUGAGACUAUUGUGCACCAUUGGCUUUUGGGACCUUAUACACAACCUAGUGUCGAUGAUGGAGGGGGGAUGGGUCAUUUGAUGAGAUUGGCUGAUGAACAGUUAAGGGCACGAGAGAAAGCUAUUGAGGAUUUCGGAGAGAAGGAGGGACAGAUGGAUUAUUUGCAACAGUAUGUUCAUCCAUGCCUUCACUAUUGUCUUGCUCUUAAGUUACCAAGUUCCAACGUUCGCUAACCAACCUUCUUGAAAAUAAUAUAGCGCCAUCGAAGCAAAAUAUCAUAACGAACCCCUAACCUACACGCAAAAACAUGCUCAUGCGACCUUUCUCAUCAUGGCUGGAGCAGACACUACUGCCACGGCCUUAGGCGCAACGCUCCGCUUCCUCGCCGUCAACCCACACGUCCUAUCCAAAGCCGUCGACGAAAUCUCCUCCGCCGAGAAAUCCGGUCUUCUCUCAGCCCCCAUUCAAUACGAAGAGUCAAGUCAACAUCUCCCAUAUAUCGGAGCUUGCAUCAAAGAAUCCAUGCGUCUCCACCCCCCGGCUCCGAAUAUCUACGAGCGUACAGUCCCCAAAGGGGGUUACACCAUUGACGGUACAUUUGUACCGGGAGGGUGUGAUGUUGCUUGCGUCAGCUAUAUCACUCAUAGGGAUCCGGAUAUGUAUGCUCCUGAUCCUGAAGUCUACAGACCUGAGAGGUGGCUGGUGAGUAAGGAGAUUUCGAAUCAGUUUGACAGUGUGGCGUUUGCUUUUGGGAUUGGGUAUAGGGUUUGUUUGGGAAAGGAUGUUGCGACUUUGGAAUUGUGGAAGUUGAUCCCUGAGGUGCGUUUUCUGUUUUCUUGUUGUUAUUCUAGGAUGGUGGAAAAAAGUAUUGGAACUGGAGCUUUUGCUAAUGAUUGUGCCAAGUUCGUGAGAAGAUUCGAGAUGGAGCUUGUCGAGGAGGGAAGUUACAUUGUUGAUGGAGGUGUGGCUUAUAACCAGGGUUUCUUGGUAAAGUUGAGGGCGAGACAAUAA